UAGGCAAGGUAUUCCAGAGGCCUCAGCCCUGGGGCAGCCGCCAGAGCCUUUAAGCUUAACAAGUCUUCGAGGCCAGCGGCCAUGUCCACUUGAGACCAGGGAAUCAGGCACUGAAGAAGACGCCCCCGGAGCGGACUGCGCAGGCGCAGGCUGCCCGAGAGGGCCCCGGCACGCCAGGCUGCGCAGGCGCAGAAGCCGCUCCCGGCGAGUCCCGACGGCGGCGGCGGCGAUUGAGGGGCUGGGGCGUGGAGCUGCUGUGGCGGCGGCGGUCGGCAACCGAGCAGCCAUGAGGGCCGGGCCCAGUCACCGACAUGUGAGUGACUGCCCCAUGUGGUGUUGAUGCCGGUCUGCCAUGCUAGCCUGUCUCCCAGGGCCAGGUGACCUGUCCUUUCAGCUUCUUUCUCACACGCAGAUGAACACUGGACUUCAGAAAUGGGACACUACACAGAAAAUGAGAACUGCUCACUGUCCUACCCCAGCCGAAUUGGACGCGUAUGCUAAGAAGGUCGCAAACAACCCACUGACUAUAAAAAUCUUCCCCAACAGUGUGAAGGUUCCCCAGCGGAAACACGUUCGUCGUACUGUGAACGGCCUCGACACAUCAGCCCAGCGCUACAGCCCCUACCCGACUCAGGCUGCCACCAAGGCAGGCCUGCUUGCCAUUGUCAAAGUGCCAGCCAAAAGCAUCCUCAAGGACUUUGACGGCACCCGAGCCCGGUUGCUCCCUGAGGCCAUCAUGAACCCCCCAGUGGCACCCUAUGCUACUGUGGCACCCAGCACUUUAGCCCACCCCCAGGCCCAGGCUCUGGCCCGCCAGCAGGCCCUGCAGCAUGCACAGACCCUGGCCCACGCCCCUCCCCAGACGCUGCAGCACCCUCAGGGUAUCCCGCCGCCCCAGGCGCUGUCCCACCCUCAGAGCCUCCAGCAGCCUCAGGGCCUGGGCCACCCCCAGCCCAUGGCCCAAACCCAGGGCUUGGUCCACCCUCAGGCCCUGUCUCACCAAGGUCUCCAGCACCCCCCCAAUCCCUUGCUGCAUGGAGGCCGGAAGAUGCCAGACUCAGAUGCCCCCCCGAAUGUGACCGUGUCUACCUCAACGAUCCCCCUUUCCAUGGCGGCCACCCUGCAGCACAGCCAGCCCCCGGACCUGAGCAGCAUCGUGCACCAGAUCAACCAGUUUUGCCAGACGAGGGCCGGCAUCAGCACUACCUCAGUGUGCGAGGGCCAGAUCGCCAACCCCAGCCCCAUUAGUCGCAGUCUGCUCAUCAAUGCAAGCACCCGGGUGUCGACCCACAGCGUCCCCACUCCAAUGCCUUCCUGUGUGGUCAACCCCAUGGAGCACACCCAUGCGGCCACAGGCCCUGUCAACCUGCCCACGGGCAUCUCUCGAGCCCCCACUGGCUACGCUAGCGACCUCAAGCCAGUGGCCUGGAACCAGCACCAGCUGGCCCACCUCCAACAGAUGUGCAGUGAGGCUGGUGGGACGCCGGCCCCGGGCCUGACAGGCAAGCACGCUGCCGGACGCGAGCUGGCAGGGCCUGGCUUUGUGGGCAAGGCGCCCGCCUACCCGCAGGAACUCUGCCUGGCGCAGUCUUUCCAUCUGAAGCCACCCCUGGAGAAGCCAACCCCCUCCCCACCAGUCAACGGCCUGGCAGCCCCACUGGCCUACCCCAAUGGUCACUACUUCCAACCCCUGUGGAACAACAUUCUGCCCACUCCCAAUAGCGACAGCUCGGGGUCUCAGGACCUCCCUAUGCCGUUCCAUGGUGGGCAGCCCACAGGUGCACCCCUCGACUGUGCAGCGGCUGCUGGGGCGCACUACCGAGCAGGGACCGGGGGCGGGCCCGUGGCGAGCCAGAACAGCUUGAUGCAGACGGUGGAUUACCUGAGUGGGGAUUUCCAGCCGGCCUGCUUCCGUGAACAGAGCCUGGCCGUGCUGAGCAAGGCCCACCGAGCCCCCGGCAGCCGCGCCCCCGACCCCACAGAUAGUCGAAGUCUUCAUAUUCAGCACCCUGGGUAUAGAUAGGUAGCCCGGCGCCCGCCACAAGCUACACAUCACAUCACCCUCCUAGGUUUAGUCUGACUUUUGAGUAAUUGGAUAGUUUCCAAGUUUUGCUGCUCCAAUGUGAUCAUUCUUAGACGUCUAAGAAAGAGAAUUCGGUGGGAUCUCAUUGAGGACGGGGGGUGGGAGGGUCCUCUGCCCUCAUUCUCCCCUCCACCAGCUCCAGCAGCCUUUGGGUUUAUGUUAGGACCUAAUCCCAACCCCAGGCCUUUUCUCUCUGCUGCCUGCCUAUCAGUCCUGUCCUUCUGUCUGUCAUCCGCCCAUCCGUCCUGCACACUGCUGUGCGUUUCGCACUAGCUGCCUCCUGUCUUCCUGCUCUGCCUGUUUCCCUUAGGACUGAGGUGUGAGCUGACGGAAGGGUCCUAUGCGAGAGAGCAGUAUGUGCCCAGCCCGAAGCUAAGGCUCUCCCUGUCUGUCUCUGUCUCUGGGACUAAGAAGCCAGACUUCCCAAGGGCUCUGGAAGCUAAUUCCUUAUUCACCCAAAGACCUCAAAUCAAAACUGACCGGUCUUCUUCUCUCAGCCCUCCUCCAGUCCUCAAGGCUUUGUUUUACAUCUAAUUGAUCACAGGGCCGCUGCACUUGCCCUUGCCACACUCCUCAAGGGCACCUGCAGGCACGUGGCUAUAGCUUUGAGGGGGGGGUGGGGGGAGGUCUGCUUGGUUCCUGACUCCCGUUUCUAGCCCUAGAGAAACUCAGUGACCUCCAGGAUAAGAUCCCUUUCUCACUAUUGGCUCUCUCCUAACUCACCCCCACUCCACCCUCAAGCAAAACAAAACAAAACACUGAUCUUACUUGAGGUAUUAGGUAGGUAAGGGAUGAUCACAUUGGAGUUUGGAAUUAAAAACACCAAAAAAACCAAAAAAAAAAACCACACAAAAAAAAAACAAAAAAAAAUCAUUUGGUUCUCUACACUGGCUAAGCAUAUUGCUCUACACUGUAAUUUUAAAUGUCAUGUUUCUGUAUGAAUGUCGUGUGGGUUUGAGUAGCCUUGUGAGUGGCCCCACAGGUACUUUCACCCGCUAGUCACCUCCUUUUGCAGCCCCUCAGUUUGAUGAAGAAAGAGAAACACAAAGCCUUAAGCUCUUUGAAUUCUUCCUUUACCAAGUGAGCAUGGUUCUAACAGCCGGAGACGGGCCUAUAUUGGAAACAGCCCCUCCUGCCCCCCCGCCCCCCCAUCCAUUCUUCUCGCACACCCUCUUCAUGCUCAACACGUCUCAUUCCCAAGUGACAAUUAGUUGGCUAGAAAUUUAAAACUCUUCUGUAACUUUAAAACUUAGAUUAUGCUUUGUUGUAAUUUUUUGCACCCUUCUGUUAAAGAUGCAUAGUUGAGCUCUGCUUUUUUUUUUUGUUUUUAAACCAAAUAAGCCCUUACUUUUCCUCUUGUCUCUGGGGAAUGUGAGCUGAUGUUCUUAUUUAAAAUUUUGGGUUUUGUUUACUAUACUACCCACUGUUCUUUAGCCAGAAAUUCUCUAGUGAUCUGAAGCAAUGUGACUGAAGACCAGUUUUUAAAUUAUGUGUUGGCAAGUUGCCUUAUAUUUAAAAA